AGCACUCUCCACAAACCAAGGGACCUUGAAUUGUUCACAAUCUUGGUCUCUACAAGUAUACAACAACAAAAACAACAAAGAAAAAUGGAUUCAUCAGCAUUUGCAUCCUUCUUAUUCACCCUUUCCUUGGUCCUCAUUUCUCAGCCAGCAUCAGGUGCCAAUUUGGUUGAAGAUUUGUGCAACCAAGUCGGAGAGGACAGUGCCCGUUGCCUGCAAGUCUUGAAAGCCAACCCGAAGAUCGCGUCGGCCAAAAAUGACAUUCAGCUCUGCAAGUCCGUCCUCGAGACCGGGCUGAAGAAGGCGAUCGCUGGGCAAAACUACCUGAAGGAAGUGAUGAAGACAAACCCUGUACCAGCAAUUACUGAGUGCGCAACCGUCCAUUACAACGGCGUUGUUGGGUCAUUCAAGAGUUCUUUGGGGGAGAUUAAAGAAGAUGGCAUGACAGCAAACUAUGAUGCUAAAGUUGCUGGUGAUGGACCUGAGACUUGUGAUAGAGGCUUGGCUGCAGCAAAGAUCAACAACCCUGCUAUCACUGCUCUGAAUAGUGAGAUUUUGUUGCUUAGUAAAAUUGCAUUUUUUGCCACCAACAAGCUUCCCGACUCAGCUUAAAUUUGAUUAAUCUUAUGUAUGAGCUAGAGGAGCAAGGAAUUGUGCUGGGGUUGGGGAAUCAUUUUGGUUCUUCAAUUAGAUAUGUGCAAUGUGGAGGGAGAUAAAUUAAUAAAUUAAAUCAUACAUCUGGAUUUUGUAAGUUAGUUUAAUUGAUCUUGUUUCAUGA